GCCGCUGCUGUGGGUGGCCGAGCCGUCGCCUUCUGGAGGCCUGACCUUGAGUCAGCAUGUGCGGCAGCAGCGGCCUCUGACGGAUUGGCCCCAGGUCCUGCCCAGCUCCUGGAGGCCAGUGCACUCAGCCAGAGCCCUGCGGAGCCAGGGGUGGCGGUGGCGCCCGUUCUUCCCGAGGAGGCCCUGGCCAGACCAUGGCAGGUGUCUGUGACCGGGCCCCCGACUUCCUCUCCCCACCUGGAGAUCAGGUCCUGCAGCCUGCCCCAGGCAGUGUGGUCACUCUGAACUGCACGGCCUGGGUGGGCUCUGAGCUCCACUGUCCGACCCCCGAGGUCCAGUGGCUGAAAGAUGGGGAGCCCCUGGGCAACGGAAGCCACUACAACCUCCGCGAGGACUUCUGGUUGAAGCUCAACUUGUCAGAGAGUCUUCUGUCCAGUGUCCUGGGGGUCAACCUGACCAGCUCGGAAGAGUACGGGGUCUUCACCUGCUGCAUCGGGAACCUGAGCUCUGCCUCCUUCAUUCUUAGAAGAGCUGGCCCGGCAGGCCACGUGGCCGCCGUGCUGGCCUCUGUCCUGGUCCUGCUGGCCCUGCUCCUGGUGGCCCUGCUGUAUGUGAAGUGUCGGCUCAACCUGCUGCUCUGGCACCAGAACACCUACGGGGAGGUGGAGGUGAACGAUGGGAAGCUCUACGACGCCUACAUCUCCUACAGCGACAGCCCGGAGGACAGGAAGUUUGUGAACUUCAUCCUCAAGCCGCAGCUGGAGCGGCGUCGGGGUUACAAGCUCUUCCUGGACGACCGCGACCUUCUGCCGCGCGCGGAGCCGUCCGCCGACCUCCUGGUGAACCUGAGCCGCUGCCGGCGCCUCAUCGUGGUGCUGUCGGACGCCUUCCUCGGCCGCGCCUGGUGCAGCCACAGCUUCCGGGAGGGCCUGUGCCGGCUGCUGGAGCUCACGCGCCGCCCCAUCUUCAUCACCUUCGAGGGCCAGAGGCGCGCCCCCGCGCACCCCGCGCUCCACCUGCUGCGCCAGCACCGCCACCUGGUGACCCUGCUGCUCUGGAGGCCCGGCUCCGUGACGCCGGCCUCCGACUUCUGGAAAGAGCUGCAGCUGGCGCUGCCUCGGAAGGUGCAGUACAGAGCGAUGGAGGGGGACCCCCAGACCCAGAUGCAGGACGACAAGGACCCCAUGCUGAUUGUGCGGGGCCACGUCCCGGAGGGGCGAUCGGCCCUGGGCCCCGAGCUGGACCCUGACCCGGAGGGCGACCUGGGUGUGCGAGGGCCUGUCUUUGGCGGCCCCCCAGCUCCCUUCCAGGCCAGCGAGGUCUCGCUGGGAGAGGGCCCGGGCAGCGAGGUGGACGUGUCUGACCUGGGCUCGCGGAACUACAGCGCCCGCACGGACUUCUACUGCCUGGUGUCCAAGGACGACGUGUAGCCCUGGGCUGCAGAGUCACAGGGCCGGGGGCAGGCCCGGGCCGGGCCCCUCGGGGCGGAGACUGGCUCUCACCCCUUCUUGUGCCAGAAAAUAAAUUUCUU